AUGCUAAGUUCAAAUCCUUCACAGGACUCACCUCCCCAGAAAUUUACUCGAGAGGAAUCAUCUUCUUCUUCCGAUUCACAGCGGAGUCCUAAUGCCCUGAACCACGUCGCCGGCCACAACCCCAUGGUUGUAUUUGUCCACCAGUAUUCGAUUAUGGGAGGCUCGAGUUCUCUAAUGUUCGGCAUGGCGACCCUCUUAGCACAACGAGGCAUCCCGGCAGUCACGUUUGACAUGCGUGGCGUAAACCGCUCCACCGGAUGGAAGACGCUGACGGGACACAGGGAGACGGAGGACGUUGUCGUCGUUUGUUCCUGGUGUGUGAGGAACUUCGAAGCUAAGAACAUCGUUAUUGUUGGAUCUUCGGCUGGGGCCCCGAUUGGUGGGAGCGCGGUCGAGCAGCUUCCAGAAAUCCGCGGUUAUGUUGGUAUCGGCUAUGUGUUCGGCUUUGCCGCUUCACUCUUGUUUAGGGGCCAUUAUAAAAAGAUAUUGCAGUCAUCGAAGCCGAAAUUAUUUAUUCAUGGGGAUGAGGAUGGGUUUACAUCGACGGCGACGUUUACCAGCUACUUCAAUAGUGCAGAAGAUCCAAAGGAAAAACGUAUUAUUCCAAAGGUUGGGCAUUUCGAGAUGGAGGGACCAGCGUACGACGCAUUCAUGGCAGCUGAAAUCGUGAAGUUUAUUGAUAAGUACUUGCAGGCAGCAGUGCAGGCUACGUCGGCUGCAAUGCCUGCUGCAGGAUCCGUUGACAGUAACUGA